AUGGUGACAGAGUUUCUUCGACGGCGCCCAGGCGCUGGUGGCGCUGCAGCGGGGGCGGAUUCAGGGAGCGAUACCGCAAAGCCGUUCUUCUCGGACUUUGACCUGCUCCCCCCGGUGGCGGGGGAAAGAAGCAGGGCGGAAGAAGGACAAGAUCUGGGAGGCAGCGGUGGCAGGCGGCAAGAGCGACAACCCGGGCCGGCCAAGCAAAACGCGGGUAGCCUCGGAAACCAGGAACGGUCCGAGAACCGUUCGGCGGAAGGCCGGCCGCCGGCCAAAGAACGUCUCCCUGCGGUGGCGCAGGCACCGGCACCGGCGCCGGCAGCAGCCGCAGAUUUUGCGCCGAAGGACGACUUCGGAGACCUGGACGCGAUUUUGGGGGAGCCGUUGGCAGGGGAUGGAGCCGCGCCAUUCGGCGGCGCCGUUGGUAGUCCUGCUGCUCCAGCUGCCCCUGGCAGUAGCAGUAGUGGGGUAGAGGAGGAUGGGGACGGGGGCGAUGGGGCCUCGGGUGGCGUUGGAGGUGGCGACGCCGGCAGCGGCGGAGACGCAGCUAAGGCGGAGGUGGAAUCCAUGAAGGUUCCGGAGCUGAAGGCCAGGUGCAAGGCCCUGGGUCUGAAGGUCGGCGGGAGGAAGGCCGAGCUGCAGGCGCGGAUCCUCGAGGCACUUUAAUUUUUUUUUGUUUCGCUUUGAUGCAUGUGGAUUACUUCGGUCGUCGAUGGCGUAGGUAGAGGGAGGUACAAUAGUACGCAGAGUUUGGGGGAUCCGGGUCAUGUGUUUGUUUGCGGGGGGUGGUAUGUUGUUUUCGUCGGUCGAGCCUACCGUCAGUCCAUCACCGGAGAUUGUUGAGGAUCAGUAUGGAAUUAUAGAACAGGAAAGGUGGCGCGAAACUCCUGAUUGAAAGAAAUAAAAAUGCGGUUAAAUGUGUUUCUCAGGAUGACCGAAGACGGCACGCAGUUUUCUGAUUGGUCACAGAAACCUUGCGGCGAAUAAUUGUUUUCUGCGAACACCGUAGGCUGCACGCAGGUUUCUGAUGGGAAUGGUGCCAAGUCUGCGGGGUUUAGAUACUACAAGGGCUCUUGGAGGCAUGAUCUCUUGGCUCUAUAUCGGGUUUAUUUCGUCCCUGGCAACUAAGAACUUGAUAUUUUGGUGGUAUGCAAGCCCCAUUGUUUCCCCGCCUGGCUUGAAUGCAUGACGCGUGCAGUACUGCUGUAGUGCGGCACCAUUGAUUAUUUUGAAGUGUAACGCACCAUUUUGACGCUUGGUUUCCUCCAACUCCAUUUCACCCCAGACUGUUGGUCCCCUUUUUCUUGUACUUGUUACUUGUUUCCUGCUGCCAACAAUUGUCCGACGGGCCUAAGCCUCCCUCGCCGAACAUUCAAUGAAUGGCGGGGGUGCGUAGAUGCGCCACACAACGUGUCGCGUUCCAUCUAUAGGCAAGUGCGUUUUCGCUCAAUAUUUUUGGAUAUGUGUGUGCGAGUAAUUUUGUCAUGGAUGGAAGAGAAAGCACCUCGUGACUGUCUCCUUUCAACAGUGUUUUUUUGUUUAUUGUUUUUUACACAAUAAUACAAGCCGAUGAUGUCUGUGGCUCCUCUUGGUCGGAAAUCAAUUGCGUUGGUCACACGACGAGAGUGUUGGUAGACACGAGCAGACGAGCUUCGAGAUUCAAGUCAAAACUGGAGACAGACAAGAGCCACAGGAUGUUCAAAAGCGCAAAACGAAGUUCAUCGGGUGCUGAUGUGUGUAGUCUAUAUUGUGUAGCGUUUCUGUCGAUAUGCCUGGAUCACCGCCUGCUGUUGUUCUUUUUCUUGGUCCGAUUCGAUUCCAUCCGUGUAUUUUUUUUAGUCACUAUUGUUUUUUGGGCGUCCCAUACAGCUUCCUGCGUGUUCAAAAGCGCAAAACGAAGUUCAUCGGGUGCUGAUGUGUGUAGUCUAUAUUGUGUAGCGUUUCUGUCGAUAUGCCUGGAUCACCGCCUGCUGUUGUUCUUUUUCUUGGUCCGAUUCGAUUCCAUCCGUGUAUUUUUUUUAGUCACUAUUGUUUUUUGGGCGUCC